AAACAGCAAGAACAAUCACUGCAAACACAAACUUCACCUAUUUUAACAUCCUUAACACUGUCUGUCCAAAACUGACAAACAAACCAUUUCAUCCUACACUCCCUCCCUCCCUCCACAAAUGUUGGAGCAAAAAUUCCUCACCACCACCUCGGCCACCGUCCGGUCCGCGGUCUCGUGGCCGCGGACAUGCGACACGUGCCGCUCGGCUCCAUGCGCGGUAUUCUGCCGCGCAGACUCGGCGUACUUAUGCGCUGGAUGCGACUCACGCAUCCACGCAGCAAACCGUGUCGCCUCGAGGCACGAACGCGUCUGGGUCUGCGAGGCCUGCGAGCGUGCCCCGGCGGCUUUUCUUUGUAAAGCCGACGCCGCCUCUCUUUGCUCCUCGUGUGACGCUGAUAUUCACUCCGCUAACCCUCUCGCCAGCCGUCACCAGCGCGUCCCGAUUCUUCCGAUUUCGGGGUACCUUUACGGUCCUCCGACGACCCUUUUAGGCGCUGACGACGAAGGGUUUGUCCGCGGAGGCGGUGAGGCGGAGGAAGAGGAGGAGGAAGGUGUUGACAUGGAAGAUGAAAAUGAAGCAGCUUCAUGGCUUUUGUUGAAUCCUAUGAAAAACAACAAUAACAAUUUCAACAACAACAUCAACAACAACAACAUCAACAACAACAGCAGCAGCAACAACAACAGCAAUGAUCAUAAUCAAGACGUGAAUAACGGGUUUUUGUUUAGCGGCGAAGUCGACGAGUAUUUGGAUCUUGUUGAUUGUAACUCUUGUGGUGGUGGUGAAAACACUUUCACCACCAAUAAUUCUCAUCAUGAUCAUGAAUAUAGUCAACAGCAGCAACAACAACAUCAACAAGAUCAUUAUGGUGUUCCUCAAAAGAGCUAUGUUGGAGAUAGUGUUGUUCCUGUUCAACAGCAACAUGUACAGAAUUUUCAACUUGGGUUGGAGUUUGAAUCUUCCAAAGCUGGAUUCAGUUACAAUGGUGGUGGUUCAAUUAGUCAAAGUGUUUCAGUUUCAUCAAUGGAUGUUGGUGUUGUCCCAGAAUCAACACUAAAAGAUGCCACAACAAUGUCUUAUUCAAGACCUCCAAAAGGAACAAUUGACCUAUUUUCAGCUCCUCCUAUUCAAAUGACUUCUCAUUUCUCUCCAAUGGACAGAGAAGCAAGAGUCCUAAGGUACCUUGAGAAAAAGAAAACACGUAAAUUCGAAAAAACAAUCCGGUACGCCUCGAGGAAAGCCUACGCAGAAACUCGACCGCGUAUCAAAGGUCGGUUCGCGAAACGGACCGACGUAGAAGCCGAAGUUGAUCAAAUGUUUUCCACAACCCUAAUUACCGAUGUUGGAUACGGAAUAGUCCCCUCUUACGUAUAAUGUUAAACAAAAUGACCAGAAGACUAAGUGCGUGUUCGGACUUAUCGGAGUUCGCCAGAAUCAUGCAAUCACUAUGGUUUAGUUAAACAUUACCAACAAAAAUUUCUAGCACUUAUGUUUUAUUAUUAUAUAAGUUUUUCCUAUUAAUACUGUAUUUAUUUUUGCAUAUAAUCUAAUUAUUUGCACUUGCAAUAAUUAGAUAUAUAUGUUUUAAUAGCUUGUUUAAUGUAUUUUUUAUGAGACUGCUAUUUGUAAAUAAAUUCCUUAUAUUAUCUUAAGUUAUUAAAUUCUUGUCAAUGUAUCAUUUGAAAAAAUUGUAAUUUUUCUUCAUUUGUAUUGUGGUGUGUAAUUUCUAUAAUAAAUAAAUAUUGAUACAAUAUAAA